UCAUUUGUCCGAGCAGAAGAGAUAUUUCUUGAAAUAAGCACAUUCAGACCAUUGCAAGGUAGUAGUUAUCUACCUUUACUAGAAGCUUUAGAUAAGCCACAACUAGGAAUAAUUAAUUCACAAAAUAGGGACGAUAAUGAGUAUUUUAAAUGGUGUAUAAGUGCAUAUCACACAAGAGAGGAAGCAAAAAAAGCAAAUAGAAAGCUACCACAUCUUAAUGAAAUCCGAAAACUUAGACGAAAUGCAAAUAUAGCAAAUUUUGAAG